UCGCCGUCUCUCUCUUGACACCGGUCUGCCCCGCAGCCGGAGUCACCAACAACGCAAGGCGCCGGGCGCUCCUCGUUACGCAGGUCGUAGCAAAGUUGGAGUGAGCGCUUUCGCCCUCUGCCAUAUAACUAAUGACGGCAUGGAAGACAAGAUCAUCGGCUCGGAGCUUUUUCAGGAGCACAGAAGGGUAGAAGUCGCGCUCUAUCCCGCGGUUCUUACCUGGAAGGAAAUUGAGCAAGGCAGGAAACGGAGCUCUGUCACCUCUGAGUCAGGACACAGCCACGCCGUUCAAGUGUGUGAAAUAGUGGCAGUCCACAAGGCAGAAGACGAAGCCGACGCUCAGACCAGGAUUCAUCCGAGGACGAUAAAGCAGCAUUCCCAGCAGUAUCCCUAUGCGUUCACAGUUUCCUACGUGAAGAGGACCCAACAGCACCUGUGGCGUUGCAGCGACGUCACCUUCCACUGUGCCGAGCAGCAGAUCUGUGAGCAGUGGAUCCGAGUUGCUAACGAGCAGCUCUCGUUACUCACCAACCGACCGAGGAGCCUGCUGGUGUACAUCAAUCCGUACGGAGGGAAGCGGCGUGGGAAGCGCAUUUACGAGCAGAAGGUGGCCCCGGUGUUCCGGCGGGCCGGCAUCUUUACAGACGUGAUUGUUACAGAGCGCGCUAAUCAUGCCAGAGACCACUUGAAAACAGAAGCCAAUCUAGACGAUUAUGAUGGGGUGGUGUGUGUGGGCGGAGACGGGAUGUUUAGCGAGAUCCUGCACGGCCUGGUUACCAGGAUCCAGACGGAUCACGGCGUGGACCAGAACCAGCCGGAUGCCGAGUUGGUGCCGUGCUCUUUACGUAUAGGGAUUAUUCCUGCAGGGUCGACCGACUGCAUCUGCUUCGCCACAGUGGGAACAAACGAUCCGGUUACAUCUGCCUUACACAUCGUUGUUGGCGACUCCCAGCCAAUGGACGUGUGUUCGGUCCACCACAACAACGUCUUCCUCAAAUACUCCGUGUCUUUGCUUGGGUAUGGCUUCUACGGCGACGUUCUGACGGACAGCGAGAGGAAUAGGUGGCUCGGUCCUGCAAGAUACGACCUGUCCGGGUUUAAAACCUUCUUGUCUCACAACCACUAUGAAGGCACGGUCUCCUUCCUGCCAGCAGAGGACAACGUGGGGCACCCAAGGGACAAGCUCCAGUGUCGAUCUGGGUGCCGCAUCUGUCAGCACAAGCACUCAUCAAAGGAGGAGCACGACGAGGUGUCGGAGGAGAAGGAGAAGCCAGCCGAAGGUGGCGACAGAGACUGGAGUGUGAUCCAUGGCAAGUUCAUCGCCAUCAACUCGGCCAACAUGAGCUGCGCUUGUCCUCGGAGUCCGAAAGGCCUGUCGCCCUCAGCCCACCUCGCCGACGGCACCACGGACCUGAUCCUGGUCAGGAAGUGUUCCCGUCUGGACUUCUUCAAACACCUUCUUCGACACACCAACAAAGACGACCAGUUCGACCACUGGUUUGUGGAGGUCCACAGGGUGAGGAAGUUUCGUUUCCAGCCCUGGCACCAUGAGCCGCUUCCUCUGGAAGAUCAGAGCGAACGCCCGGAGAAGCCAGACAUUAGUCCCACUUCCUCCCUCCAAGAAACCUACGACUACAACACAGCCGAGAGCAGCUGGAACUGCGACGGGGAAAUCCUGCACCACACGGCCAUCCAAGUCAGUGUCCAGUGCCAGCUGAUUAGGCUGUUUGCUCGGGGAAUUGAGGAGCAGCAAGACGCCGAGGCGGCUGUUUGAAGACGUUUGUCCAGCGUAUGUCCAGAAGACAAAAACUGUAAAGGAAGAAAAAAAAAAAACACUUGAAGUAUUGGAGAUUUCUUGAAAAAGCUCAUGCAAUAUUGAUGUUUUAUUCACUUCAUUUGUUUGGUUAAAGUGGGUCUCUACAGAAUUGGUUGGAAAAUGACUGAAACUUUAUGAAUUCAAACAAAUGUAUCAUAUUACUGCCAGCUACCGAGGACCUCAUAAAUCUAUAGUGUAUUCAUUACUUUCUGGAGUAAGUUGGGUCAAAUGGGAUUUUCUGGACCCUGUCAGUGGUACUUUUUACAAAAAAAGGGAGGGGGGGUGGUGGAGAAUUUAAAGUUCAGAGCAUCCCAAAUAGACUGGGAGUUCUUGCUGCAAUAUGAAACAGAGCUGGCCUCAAGCUGCAAAACGAGGAGCGCACAAGGAAGGAUAUCAUCAUCCACCGCAUGAAGACCCCAGCGAGGGUGGAAAAGCUUUGUGAAAAAAAAUAAUGAAGAAAGUGGUUGGUGAAGGGAUAAACCACAGCAAAAGUCAAACACACUCAUGCGAGCAAUCAGACUUUUCAUUUUUGGGAAUAAAGAGAGAUUUUUCAUGUGACCCAAGUGAAAGCUGAUAUGAGCCACAGGCACUAAUAAAAAGAAUUGAAUACUCUAACUCAUGCACUAACAGGACCCUGGUGGUGCUGCUGGGUGAUAAGGAAAAGUGCCUGCUGAAUGACUCGUGCGUCUCGGCACCGCACCUGUGGCUCUUUGAGCCUCGCUCCUCUCCGGCUCGAGGAGCCCGCUCGCCGUUUAAUUGUCACCUGGGAUCAGCCAGACUUCUGCAUUGUUAAUGUUAUUACGGACAAUCCAGUCCUCUGAUCCGAAAUUAGCCUCACUUACCUCUCCUAACGUUGCGGGUCAAGCCGGUCUUGAACCCACAGCGGCGGGGGUCAGCGGAGAAUAAACACAUCAGCCUCAAUUUUUGCUGCUCCUGUUGCAAUGAGACUUUAUUUAGGUCGGUGCGCACAGGCUGCAUGUGUGUGUGCGUGUGUGGGUGUGUGUGUGUGCGUGCAAUGGUGAAAUGUGUUUUCCAGCAUCCCUGCAGGGAUGUGCAAUUAUCGACGAGUGUAAAGUUGCAGAUGUCAUGAGUUAGCUCUUUCCCAAUUCAAGCUAUAGUUGGUGAUCCUGUUCAGAAACACUUUUUUGUUUUACUGGGUGAAAUGGUCCUUCCGUCCUGACAGUAGUAAAUGCAUUAUUACACCCCUCUUACACCCCCCCUCUGUCCCUCAAGUUCGCCUUAUCUAUCGGUUGGCCCACAUGAUCACGCAACGGCAGCGUGCGGACACGUUCCCCGUUAGUUUCCGCUUGCUGGCUGCAAAUGCGGACUACUAAUGUUUAUGUAUCCGGUUAGCUUAGCGGUUAGCUUAGCGGUUAGCUUUUGGUGUUAGCCGUUCGUUGUAGCUCCGCUUGCUCACACCGUAUACUUUGAACAUGGCUGAAAGUCGCAAGAAGCAAACCGUGUACAGGUUUAUGAGAAGAAGAGGAAAGGCCUCGGUAGAAAGUAUUAAGCCCAGAGUGGAUUUUGGGGGAUUUCUUUCACGCGAUCCCCCCCUGAGAAGCGGAAGAGCGCGAUAAGUCGGUCUAUCCCAUGCGCAGUUAUUCAAAAAGAACUUGGGGAAACUUCCUGGAAAAAAAUUGCUGGCUCUACCUUUAAACCCACCGCAGCCAAUUUUCAGAUGCUAAAGCCAAGAGCUGUUCAGCCACACUCAAACACUCACACACAAAUGCUGUUUUAUUUCCUUAUAUCUGCUUCCAUUCACACCCACACUCCUCUCAAAUCUGUCUCCCCUGAAUCUUCUAGACCUUUUUUAUAUUGAUUCUGGAUGUCUGUAGUUGACCUUCAGCUUGCUGCAUGAUGUUCUAUCACAACGUAAAUUGGACAGGAGUCCAAGGAGAUAGAAAAGUCAAACUAAAAUAAAUGGACCCAUACUUAUAUUAAAGGAAACAGAAAUCAUGUAUUUAAGUUGAAGAAAAUCCCAAGGCAGGUUUUUUUCUUCACUUUCAGGACUUUGUGCCUGCAGUUCUGCUGUAUUUUCCAGAUGAACUAGGUUAUUUUUUUUUAAAGAUGCAUAAGUUCAAUGGUCCAAUGUAUAUGUUUUCUUUUUUAAUAAUGUUGGCUGUGUGCUAGGAAAUACUGGAGAAUCUACUUUGCAAAAUAUGUCUCGGGUUGCUAGUUUGCAAGUUGCAAACAAAAAGAUUUGUUGUGAAGUGAGCUGGAUCACAUCUUGCAAAAGUAUAAUUUUUUGUCUUUUUUUCUGCUUUUUAAAAAAAAAAAUUCCAACAUGUGCUGGAUACAUCUUGUGAAUAUUGAAUUUGUUAUAUAAAAACUGGGAAAUCAUGCUUUUGGUGUUUGACUUGCAAUACACUUCAUAUCAGCAGACACAGAGAUGCAGAUUACAGCCUUUUUGAGGAUUUAUUGUCGGCAAUGAAAUAUCUGAUAAAGGGGGAAAAUAAAAAUAAAAAAUCAGCAACUU